ACCUUCUUGCUGGUCAUUAAUUGUGAUUGCUACAUAUAGUUUAAUUUGUUAGGCUACUGUGAUUGUUACUCACAGUUAAUCCUGCCUAACUUCUCUUGGUUUGGGCAAUUCUUUUAAUCUCCUGUACACUGUCAUGCUGCAUUUCCUAUAUAAAGCCCUUCCUUCCUUGCAACAUUUGGCCACGCAAGACGCUAGCUCACUUUAAGCAUCAGCUGGACAUUGCGAGACUGAGCUCACUAGCUGUGACUGGAGCUGAGUAGCUGGCUCUCUGAAUCUAGACAUGGCUCUGUCCACGUUAAUCCUUGCUGUUCUUGUCAUGAGCAGCACACCUGGCGCGCUCGCGGCCCGCGAGCUCGCCGGCGGCGAUGCCGCCGCCGCGGGCCAUGUGGCCAUGGCAUCGAGGCACGAGAAGUGGAUGGCGGAGCACGGGAGGACGUACAGGGACGAGGACGAGAAGGCGCGGCGGCGGGAGGUGUUCGGGGCGAACGCCAAGCUGAUCGACUCGUUCAACGCCGCCGCGGAGGCGGAGGGCGGCAGCCACCGGCUGGCCACCAACAAGUUCGCCGACCUCACCGACGACGAGUUCCGCGCGGCGAGGACAGGUUACCAGCGCCCGCCGUCCGUGGCCGGCGGCGGCAGCGGCGGCCGGUUCAGGUACGAGAACUUCAGCCUCGCCGCCGCGCCGCAGGGCAUGGACUGGAGGGCGAUGGGCGCCGUCACCGGCGUCAAGGACCAAGGCUCGUGCGGUUGCUGCUGGGCGUUCUCGGCGGUGGCGGCGGUGGAAGGGCUGACGAAGAUCAGGACGGGGCAGCUGGUGUCGCUGUCGGAGCAGGAGCUGGUCGACUGCGACAUCCGCGGCGAGGACCAGGGCUGCGACGGCGGCCUCAUGGACAACGCGUUCCAGUACAUCGCCCGCCGCGGCGGCCUCGCCGCGGAGUCGUCCUACCCGUACCGCGGCGUGGACGGGGCGUGCCGCGGGCGCGCGGCGGCGGCGUCGUCGUCCUCCAUCCGGGGGUUCCAGGACGUGCCGGCCAACAACGAGGGCGCGCUCAUGGCGGCCGUGGCGCACCAGCCGGUGUCCGUGGCCAUCAACGGCGCGGGCUACGUGUUCCGGUUCUACGACCGCGGCGUGCUCGGCGGCGCCGGGUGCGGCACGGAGCUCAACCACGCCGUGACGGCGGUCGGCUACGGCACGGCCAGCGAUGGCACGGGCUACUGGCUGAUGAAGAACUCGUGGGGCGCGUCCUGGGGCGAGGGCGGCUACGUCAGGAUCCGCCGCGGCGUCGGCCAGGAGGGCGCCUGCGGCAUCGCCAAGAUGGCCUCGUACCCCGUCUGAUUUAUUACACCCAACAAUCACAUAAUCACAUUAUUAAUUACAUUAUUAAUUGGAUCAGUCAACCAAGAUUUCAAGGCGUGUGUAUGUAUGCAUAGCGCCACUGCACCGUGUAAAUUGUCUCUAUUCUGCACCGGCCGGCCCAUGCAAAAGCCUGCAGGUUGGACGCGCUGGACUGUACGUAGUGUGUUUACUCAUAGUGUGUAUGAUGUACAUUAAUACAUAUAUGAUUAUAUGAAUGAACAUAAACUAUAUUAUUGUACAUAUU